CGGUGGCUCCAGGGAGAGGCCCGGCAGCCGGAGAACAGCUCAUUGCUGUGGGACGGAGACUCGGAGCCGGGCGUUCGUUGCCCCUCGAAUUGAAGAUCCGCGAUGGUAUCGUUUCUUGUCGCCCAAGUGGGUUUUUGGGCAAUGUGGACGAUAGCGAUCAAGGUUCACCUGGAUCCCAUAACACUCCAAAUUACCAUUCCUAGGCAUUGUCUUGACCGAGGUGAAAUAGAGUUGGCGGAUGAAGUCCUCGGCAGACAGCGAAUGCGUUCAUCAGACCACGUAUGUACGGAUAGACUAAUACAGCCCUGCUUGGCUAGAUGGCGAAAUCGUCAUCUCCCCAAUCUCGCUGCAGGGCGCAGGCCACCUCGCCAUCUGCCUGAUCUCUUGACGAACUGCAGCAUCGAGCAACCGAACGCCCUGGUUUAAAACGGGGCCGUGGAUGCAGUCUCAGAUACACAUGACCGGAGGCGGAGGGGCACGGAAGGUGGAAGGUUCUGGUGGCCUGGCUCG